AUGACGAACAUCACAGCGUCCGGGACCGACGGCACGGCUCCUAUCAACCCCCUUCACCCGUCUGUCGAGGGCUGUGUCGACGACAAGGUCAAGGAAAUCUACAACGAAUACCAGGCCAAUCGUCUUCGCGCCGACCAAGUCUCCUAUGACGAGUUCAACGCUGACCGCCAGCGCUACGUCUUUCCCCGGGAGAAGGUGGCCGCCCCCUUCUGUCCCGUCGGGCUUGUCACGACGCACCGCGUCCCCGUCACCGAGCCGGAAGGCAGCAUCGACGUCCGUUUCUACCGCCCCGAGGGGUUUGACGAGGCCGACGGCAAGAAGCUUCCCCUCUACAUCAAUUUCCACGGCGGCGGCUUUGUGCUCGGCGGACUCGACGACGAUGACUCCAUGCUUCGACGGAUCUGCAAGCGCACGCCUUGUCUGGUGGCUAACGUAGCCUACCGGCUGGCGCCCGAGUUCCCCCAUCCGGUCCCCGCGACGGACAGCUGGGCCGCCCUCAAGUGGCUCGUGGACCACAGCGACGAGCUGGGCAUCGACAAAUACUUGAUUGCUGUGGGCGGCCUGUCGGCCGGUGGCUGUCUGGCGGCUGUGCUGGCGCAGAUGGCCGCCAUGGACCCGACGAUGCCGCGUCUCACGCUGCAGGUGCUCAUUGUGCCCGUCACGGACGCGCGCUACGUCCCCCUCGUGGCGCCCAAGGAUGAUGCGGAGCUGUCGACGCUGCGCGCGCCCUACGACAGCUACUAUGACUUUGCCUUUGCGCCCAUGCUGCCGCUCGCGCGCCUGGCCUGGUUCUACCGGCUCUGGCUCGGCGAGGAUCCGGACACGCACGCGAAAAACGCUGCCGACGUGCGGGCCUCGCCCAUUGUGGCGCCCGACAAUGUCCUGCGUAUGGUGUGCGCGGCGUCGAUCCACGUUGCCGAGAUUGACCCGCUCGCCAGCGAGGCGUCGGCCUACCAUCAUCGCCUGCUGGACAUAGGCCGCUGGAGUGAGCUCAUUUCGUACAAGGGUAUGGUACACCCCUUUGCGCAGUGGGACGGCGCGCUUCCGCAGUCCCAGGAGCUGCUCGCCAACGUUGUCCAGGCACUGAAGUGUGGCUUUUUUUGGGGCUACCCAAUUUGCAAUCCGGAAGAAUGA